AUGGCGUUGCCAAGGUCAAAUGAAGAGACAAUCCACUUAUCAUUGGUUAAUGCAGCAUCCUUUGUAUCGAUCAAGCUAUGUGGUGAAUCCAACUACAUACCAUGGAAAACCCAGAUUGUUUGUCUCCUUCAAAGUCAUGAUUUACUUAAAUUCGUUGAUGGAACAAUCCAAGAAGACGAAGAAGAAAAAGGGGAUGAGGAAGAUUAUAACUUGCAAAGGAAAAGGAAUGAUGAGUUGGUUAAAGCAUGCAUCUUCGGUUCUCUUAGUGAUCAACUUCUUAAGGAUAAAGCGGUUCAUGAAUUAGAUACUGCUAGACAAGUUUGGUUGGUUUUAGAGCAACGUUACAGCCCUAAACCUAAACUUCAAGGUGGUUCACGUGUUGUAUACAUUGAAUUAAAAGAUUAUAGCUUCUACUUUCCACUAUUCAGAGCUUUACUAAGUAGAGAUUGGGAGAAAGCAGAAGCAUUCUUGAAACAAGAGAAAGACGCAAGUAUAGCUCCAAUCAACACUCAAUUACAGACAGCACUCCAUUUAGCAGUUGGGGUAAAGAGUGAAAAAGGCAAUAAGCAUUUCGUAGAGAAGUUGGUGGCGAGUAUAGAAAACAAAGAAGAUUUAGCCAGAAAAGACUGCUUUGGUGAAGCUGCUCUUCACUAUGCUGCUAGAUUUGGCAACUUAGAUGCAGCUGAAAUCAUUGUAAAAAGAAAUCCUCGUUUACCACAUAUUGCCUGUAUGUAUGGUACAUAUCCAAUCCAUUAUGCAGCUUCAUAUGGAUACGUUUCUGUGGAUGUGUUCGCUUACUUCUUGCGUGUCACUGAAGACCCUGCUCCUUAUACUAACCUCAGUGGUGUUAAGCUUCUCUACGCAUUAGUCUCCUCAGAUUUGUAUGAUUUUGCAACAGAGUUGGUUGAUGAGUUCCCUAAUUUGGCAAAAUAUGAGGAAUGCGGAAAUUCUGCUUUGAAGAACCUUACCAAAAAGGAAUUUACUUUCCUCGGCACAAGUCGUCUAAACUUUUGGCAACAAUUACUCUACUAUUGUGUUCCUAUCAAGUUAACUACACGGAGUCUCCAAAGAAGACCAAAUGCCAAUGAUGUGGAGAAUGUAGUUAAUGACUCACAAAUGGUUAAGACAAAGUAUGAAAGAAUUUACUUCAGCAUUGUGAUCAAGAAGUUGCAUACCCUUCUUUUUGAUGUUCUUGAAAUUUUAGUGCCUCAUUUGAAACACGUCCGAGACAAAAAGUCAAUUCAUCACAAUGCAGUUAAAUAUGCAGCAUGCUUAUGCGAGAAAAUAGCAAAUCUGAAUUACAACGAAGUUGACUCUAUUGCUGGCAAUUCUCUGCUUGAUGCAGCGUGUUAUGACAACUAUGAGCUUGUUGACCUUAUACUCAGAAGAUUCCCUUAUUUAGUUUAUUAUAAUGAUCAUAAUCAGAAGAAUAUCUUGCACAUUACAGUAGAGAAUCGCUCCAAAAAUGUGUUUAAGUUGGUCUGUCAGAUGAGCCCGCUUCUGCACAAUUUGGUGAUUUGUUUUGACUCCUCUGGUAAUACCAUCUUGGAUUUGGCUGGAAAGUUGGCACCACAAAAUAAGCUAAAUCUUGUCUCUGGACCAGCUUUUCAGAUGCAACAAGAACUACAGUGGUUUAAGGAAGUAAAGCAGAUAGUCCCGUCUACGUUCUGGAAACGCUUAAAUCUUGAGAUGAAAGAUCCAUAUGUGGUAUUUACUGAGGAACAUGAGAAGUUGAAAGUAGAUGGAGAGAAAUGGAUGAAAGACACAUCAAGCUCAUGUACAAUUGCAGCAGCACUGAUUGCUACCAUCGCAUUUGCUGCAGCAAUCACAGUACCAGGUGGCAAUAACCAACAAAGUGGACUCCCCAUUUUCUCUGCAAACAUUGGUUUCAUCAUUUUUGCAAUCUCGAAUGCAGCUUCAUUGUUCACUUCUAGCACCUCUCUAUUGGUGUUCUUGUCAGUUUUGACGUCUCGUUAUGCAGAAGAAGAUUUCCUACAUACUUUGCCAAGGAGUCUUAUCCUGGGACUGCUAACUCUGUUUCUUUCCAUAACAUCCAUGAUUAUUAGCUUCAGUGCAACGGUGUAUAUCAUGUAUGGGCAGAAGAAAGCAUGGGUUCUUCUACCAGUCGCGACAAUGGCUUGCCUACCCAUUACUUCAUUUGUGCUUCUGCAAUUUCCCCUCCUUGUUGCUCUCAUUUCCUCAACAUAUGGGGCUGGCAUUUUUAGAAAUUAAAGAAGAGUAACUUCUUGUUUUAGCGACUAUUUAAAGUAUUAUUUUUUAGUGCUUGUUUUAAUAUUUGGUGUGUUGUUCGAACAUGCUAAGUCAUGUUACCUUUAAAA